AUGUCCAGUUAUACAGGCAAUCGAACCGGGGAAAUCCCGGGAAAGAUGUUUGGUGGGUGGUGGAAGAGCGGCGCGACCUUCAACAACUUCUUCAACUACUGGCACGGCGACGGCAAGGUCCUGCUUUGUUGUGAUAGCUACGGCCGCACUGCUGACCAGUACAUCGCGAAAGGUCUCUUCGCAGCCGAUCUGGCGUUUGUCACCAUGCUGGCUCCCUACACGUCUGCCGAAAUCAUUCCUCGCCUGCAGGGAUCGUCGCAGCCGCGAGGCAGUGCAGCGGAGGAGACAGCCACACCCUUUGCAACAUCCACUGGGCUCGGAAUCGACCUCGGCGGAGGCGGACGGUCAGUAUGA